UAAAGGGCCCGGCGCGCAUAUCUCUCCGGCUAGCCCUGCAGAGCCGGGCUGAGGGAGACCAACUUCAGACUCCUAGAGGAGACAGGAUAAUGCAAUGGCCCAACAAAGAGUCCUCCCCCAGAGCAAAGAGACCCUCCUUCAGUCCUACAACAAGAGGCUGAAAGAUGAUAUUAAGUCAAUAAUGGAUAAUUUCACUGAGAUCAUAAAGACAGCUAAGAUUGAAGAUGAAACUCAAGUGUCCCGGGCCACUCAGGGUGAGCAGGACAAUUAUGAGAUGCAUGUGAGAGCUGCCAAUAUUGUCCGUGCUGGGGAGUCCUUGAUGAAGCUCGUGUCUGACCUCAAGCAAUUUCUCAUCCUCAAUGACUUUCCUUCGGUGAAUGAAGCCAUCGAUCAGCGCAACCAGCAGCUUCGGGGCUUGCAGGAUGAGUGUGACAAGAAGCUCAUUUCGCUGCGGGAUGAGAUUUCCAUUGACUUGUACGAGCUGGAGGAGGAGUAUUACUCGUCCAGCUACAGUCUUUGCGACACAAUUGAUCUGCCCCUGUGUGAAGCCUACUGGAGGCAGGACCUCUCCUCAUUCUCCCCUGAUGGCCUCUCAGCACCUCUGCUAGUGUCUCCUGCAGAGCCUGGUACGGCCCCAGUGCAGGGGACCACACCAGUGCUCCCUCACGUCAACGGGUCUGGCUCAGGUCCCACGGAGCAUGCCUGACCAGGAUCCAGUUCUGAUGCUGUCAAAGGUGCUUGCUGCUGACUCCAGCUACCACAGCCAACAGCUGCCCCUUUGGGCACAGGGUGUCACUUGGAGAGCAACACGUUAGUAUUUCAAUCUGAGUCUUCCCUUCCCUUGUUCCCCUCUCCUUCAGCCUCAGGGAUAGAGUCCAGGUGCCCAGGCCGUCCAUUAAACCACAUUUCCUUUUCCUGGGCCUAACUUUUCUUUGGUGAAAGUCACCUUGUUCCUGAAAUUAGAGUAAGUCUGUAGGCAUUAUGGGAGGGGGUUGGGGAAUUUGUUAGGCAGAGCCAAACACUUUGAGUUGGGAAAAGUAUAGGCUACAUCCUCAGCUGUCCCAGGGGAUUGCUAUUCAUGAAGUCUUCUUCCAUUCUGGCCCAUUUGAGGACACUGGAGCUAGGAGGAAGAUAGCUCUGGAUUUCAUCCUAUACUCAAAAGUGUGGGUGGGUGGAGAGAGACAGACAGACAGAGAUGGGGGAGGAAGCCAUAAACACUUGGAUUUGUAAGUAGAUAUAGAAAGAAUGUGUAUUAACUUAAGCAGCACACUCAUAGAGGCCACAUUAAAAACUGGCAUUUGUGGGGCAGAUUUAGCUACUGUAAGUGAGCAAAACCAUACGUGGUGCAGCUUCAUCUCACAAGAGAUAUAAUUGACAUAGAGUCACUUUUCAUGGGAAGUUCUGUAUUAAAGGUGGCUCCUUGAAAUGAUGCUGUUGCCUGGAGCUCAGGUGGACAGAGGGACUGGAUUACACUGUUGACCAUUCAUUUCUCACAGUGAUUCUCUUUAUUUUUGUAACUAGAUUGUUAAAUAAAUAA